AUGGUGUCGAACCGCGAGUUAAUUGCCAAGGUUACUGAGGAUGCGCUGAGGAUAGCUAGGGAGGUCGAGCACACCAUCACUGAGUCCAUCUCGAUGACGGAUAUUGUCCAGGCCCAGUUGUUUCUCGCCCAAGGAGCCAAACUGGAUCAAUGCAGCCUGCCCAAUGCUGAACGAGAUCCAAGAACACCACCAGUAGCGCACUCAAUACAGCUGCGUGUGACGGCUGAAAAUGUACAGAGCGACUGGUCACUAUCAAUUGGCAAGAUCACAUCCUUCCAAUUUCCCACAGGAAACGGUGUGCGGAUAGAUACCCAUCUCAUCCCCAGCCAACCAUCCAUCGUCUCAGCAGACUUCGACAGCCUUCUUGCGAAAAUCAUCAUCACAGCAUCCUCCUGGUCGUCCGCAGUCAAAAAAGCCCAACGCGCUCUCUCCGACACGCAAAUCUCGGGCGUCAAGACGAACAUUUCCAUCCUGCGUGCGAUCCUCGCGCAUCCAGACUUCUCAGCAGGUGCAUGCGACACGCAAUGGCUCGAACGCAACCACUCCUCGCUCCUCGCCCAGUCUCUCAAGAUGUCGUCCGCACGCACAAACAUCCCCAGCACCGACGCCACAACAUCCCCGAGCUUGCAGCUCACCACGGCAUCCACCCUCUUCCGCGCCGGCGACGCAUGGUCCCUCAGCCUCUCGUCAAACAAAUCUGAGCCUGCGUCACACCAUCUCGAGCUGACCCGCGUCCUCCGCAACGACUUCCCCACCUCGCUCACCGCUGAGAUCCUCUUCACCACGCCCGCUACUUCCACGCCCUACACGCUCACCAUGGCCUCGACCACCGGCGCGGCAAUCCGUCUGAUCCUUCACACAUCAGCGUGCCAUUUCCCGGGAAAUUGGUAG